AUGCUUUCUGCUGCUCCAAGCCAUGGUCUUCAGCUGCUUGAACAGACUUUAGGUUGUCAAAGAACAUCAGCUCGUGCAAGGUCUGGAGGGUUUGGAGGGUUUGGAGCUGCAUCACUUUCAAGGCAUGCCUUCAGUUGGACAGCUCUAGGAGUUGCUGUGCUAAGAUCAAGAAAGUAUCUUCCAACUCGCUUGACAAGAUCGGCCUUCGAGAACGAGUUGGGAGUUCAGCCGCCCUUGGGCUUUUGGGAUCCAAUGGGCUUCACGGAUGAUGGUGACAUUGCUGCUUACCGAAGACGACGAUCAGUGGAGUUCAAACAUGGACGGAUUGCAAUGCUUGCUACAAUGGGUUUCAUGACGCCAGAAAUCAUUGGACGUUGGCCUGGGUAUCUUUCACCUUCUAUGGAUUUGAAAUUUUCUGACGUCCCAAAUGGUUUGGCAGCGCUGAACGUUGUUCCAUCGCUAGGUUGGACCCAAAUCUUGAUUUACUUCGGCUUGAUUGAAUAUAGCGCAGGGUUUGAAGACUACCGAACUGGAACCCCUGGCGACUAUGCUUGGAAAGUGUUAACUUCGGAUGAUUCUGAAGAGAGACGCCGCAAGCUCAAUGCAGACUUAGCCAAUGGAAGGCUGGCAAUGGUAGCCAUCAUGGCCAUCUUGUUUCAAAACGGAAUUGCCGGGACGACGGGUCCAGAGAUGUGGAUUCCAAGACUUUAG